UUUAACGUAUCGCCAGCUGUUGAAGUUACGUUUGUUUGAAAUCAAACGGCAACUGAAGUUUGUUGGGUUGCUUAGAGCUUCGAAAUUUUAUCUGCCAUGUAUGGACGGUAAAUACUCUUAAUUGUAACAAGAAGUGGGCAUGCAUAGUGUUUAAAAAGUGAUAAUAAUUUAGAAAAGGAGAAGAAUCGAGUUAUAUAUAAAAGAUUUGGUGUAAAAUUGGAACUAAAUAAUGGCCACGAUUCGAGUACAUGAGGAUCAAGAAAAUCGAAUUAGCGAUGUUCGUCGCGGCAAAGAAAAUAUUUCCGUGCCUCUUCAAAGUCAAACAUUGCAGCCAACAAAACGUGCAGUUUUAGGUGUUCUUCACAAUAAUUGUAAUCGUAAUACGAAACCAGAAAUAUACAAGGAUGAAAAGUAUCCAAAAACAAAAGCUGUUAUACCUACACAGUUUGAACCUUUUAAAAUUUAUGAUGAGAAAAAGGAGGAAGUUACAUUUAAAAUCUAUGAAGAUAAGUUAGAAGAAGAAACUUCUGUUGCACUUAGAGACACAAAGGAUAAGAAAGAAAUAAAAGAGAAGGAAGAUGUGAAACCAGAAAGAGAAAAGCCAAGGUUAGAAGUGAAUCCUAUGACUGUCUCAAAUUUACCAACAUUUUAUAAUGCUAUUGAAGAUAUAAAUAAAAAGAAAGAAAAUGAUGUCAUUUUUUCACAAGGCAGUCCAAUGUCUUUAGAAAAAUCAAUUUCUUAUUUGUCUUCCUCAAAGAAAAACCAUCAAAAACGAAGAAAGUCUAUUAAAGAAUUGAGAAUGAAUUUUUUUGAUGUAGAUGAAUAUAGAGCUGAUAUAUAUAAUUAUUUACGUGCUGCAGAAACACAGCAUAGACCAAAACCAGGCUAUAUGAAGAAACAACCUGAUAUAACAUAUUCAAUGAGAUCGAUAUUAGUGGAUUGGCUCGUAGAAGUUGCCGAAGAGUAUCGGUUACAGACAGAAACACUUUAUUUAGCUGUUUCAUAUAUAGAUCGCUUUUUAUCAUACAUGAGCGUUGUAAGAGCAAAAUUACAACUUGUAGGUACAGCAGCUAUGUUUAUUGCUGCAAAAUACGAAGAGAUUUAUCCACCUGAUGUAGGCGAAUUUGUAUAUAUCACAGAUGACACAUAUACGAAAAAACAAGUAUUACGUAUGGAGCAUUUAAUAUUGAGGGUUUUAUCUUUUGAUCUAACUGUUCCAACACCACUUACCUUCCUUAUGGAAUAUUGUAUUAGUAAUAACCUUUCUGAAAAAAUUAAAUUUUUAGCAAUGUAUCUCUGUGAAUUAUCAAUGCUUGAGGGAGAUCCAUAUCUCCAAUUUUUACCUAGUCAUUUAGCUGCAUCUGCAAUUGCACUUGCACGGCAUACAUUGUUAGAAGAGAUGUGGCCACAUGAGUUAGAAUUAUCGUCAGGGUAUAGCUUAAAGGAUCUUAAAGAAUGCAUUUUGUGUUUGAACAAAACCUUUUGCAAUGCAUUAAAUAUUCUACAACAAGCCAUCCAAGAAAAAUACAAAAGCAGCAAAUAUGGACAUGUAGCAUUAUUAUUACCACGAUGUAUUGAUAAUGUUACACUGAGCUCUGAAGAUGAAGAAGAAAAUGCCUAAUAGGCAUUACACAGAAAUAGAAAAAUCUAAAAAUCUAUACAUAUUUGGAGAUAACGAACCUCCCGUUGUAAAUCCCGUGUUUUGAAAGACAAGGAGGGGAUUAGGGCAAGACUGAGCUAUUCUUUCACAAAUGAAAUGAACGAGUUACUUCUAUUAACAUAUGGUCACUAUGUUUAGCCUAGACAAGCAUAUUGACUUUAUUUUUCAUAUCCCACCACCACCUAUACGUUUUAUAGGUUGUAGGUAAAUUUUAAUAACUGUUUUUAGAGCUCCGUCAUUAUAUUAACGAAUGAAGCUCUAAAUUAUGUUAUUUAGGAAUUUGUAUUUUUAUAUGCAUUUUUUAGACGAUUGUUAACAGAACACUUGCUCUACAUACAUGAUAUCUAAAUUUUGUUGCCAGUGAUCUGUCAUAAAAUAAUAGGAAGU